AUGGUGGCCGCGCUCGAGGAGAACGAGCGCAGCGCGACGUUCGGAUGGGACCUAUCGUCCGCCGCCGACGCGACGGGGCUGGACGACCCGGCGGCAUGUUCCAUCGCCCCGAUGCACUCGCUCUCCCCGCACCACCCCGACGCGUUCGUCGGGCGAGAGCGACGCGAUGGAGGAGCCGAGGAUGGCGGGUUCCCUUGGGCGGAUCUGCGACCGACGGGCGUCAGCUGGAACGCGUCCGGGUACUCCCUCGCGGUGUCGUACGGCAGGUUCGACGUCACCGGCUGGUGCGACUCCCCCGGGGCGCUCUGCGUGUGGAACCUGCGACGCGCAGACGUGGACCCGGGGCGACCGCACGUCGUGAUGGAGACGUCGUCGUGUCUGCAGUGCGUGGCGUUUCAUCCGCAAAAACCAAACGUCGUCGCCGCGGGAUCGCUCGACGGCGAGGUGAUGGUCUGGGACCUCGCCAUCGACACGGACGCUGCGGGGGUGCCCGCGAAGGGGGUGCCGACGGGGGGUGCCGACGGGGUGCCGAGGUCGGGCGGCGGGAAGGGUAGCGCGGUUGGGGACGCGUUGGUUGGUAAGAGCGAGGUGAGCGACGCGUCGCACAGGGAGCCGGUGACGUGCGUCGGGUGGAUGCGAAACCCCGAAGCCGUUACGACCGUUACGACCGCCGGGGUUGGGGGCGGGCACGACGACGGCACGUACGAGCUCGUGAGCGCGGGAUCGGACGGCCGCGUGCUGGUGUGGGAUUUAAGUGACGUGUCCCAGGGACCCGUGUACGGGUACGAGCUCGCAGCCGUGAACGAGGCUUCGGGCGCGAUGACGACGUGGGGGGCGUCGUGCGCGGCGUUUUCGGAGCCGUUUCGGAGCCGUUUCGGAGCCGCUGGAGUGGGUUCGCGCUCGAACGGGGCCACGACGACGCACGUAGAGCCCGGUUCGUUCUACGCGGGAUCGGACGGCGGGCCGGUGUUCAGGUGCGCUUUAAGGCACUCGCGGGUGACGAGAAGAGAGUUUCGGGACCGACUCAAGGACUCCGGCGUCGCUCCCCCGAUGUAUUCGCCCAUCAAACAGACGCACGACGGCCACGUAGGCGCGACGCACGCGGUGUGCGUGAACCCUCACGACCAGAGGGUCUUCGCGACGUGCGGCGGCGACGGCGCCCUGCGCGUGUACACGCGCUACGUCCGUUCCGGAGUCGUGACGGCGACGUCCGCUCCCGGGGCGCUGUUCGCCGCGGGGUGGUCGCCGACGAGGCCGGCGCUGAUCGCGUGCGGCGGCGUCGGCGGGAGGGUGUGCCUCUACGACCUCACGGCGACGGGCGGUGAGGACGUGCAGCCCACGGAGCAGUUCAGGGCGUGCGACGCGGGCACGGACGUCCAGGCCAUCGCGUUUAACCCGGCGUUGCCCGAGUACCUCGCCACGGCGGAUGCGAGGUUCGUGCGGGUGUGGGAGCUCGGCGCGGGGUUGACGACGGAGAGGGCCGGGGAGAGGCGGGUCAUCGACGCCAUCGCCGGGGCGGAGACGGCGGCGGAGGCGGCGGCGGCGCUCGACGCGGCCAAGGCUUCGAGGCGAUAG